CCCUAAACCCUAAACAGCUCAUCAAUAGAAAAGAAAGUAAAAGGUGUAAAAAAAAUUCAGAAUUCAAAUCGAGAAAACAGAGAGAUAGAAGAGAGAGAGAGAGAGAAAGGCGGAGUCUUUUUCCAAUCUCAAGCUCUGAUUUGAGAAGAUUAAUGGCUGGAUACAGGGCAGAGGAUGACUAUGAUUACCUUUUCAAGGUUGUUCUUAUUGGGGAUUCUGGUGUGGGUAAAUCCAAUCUACUCUCAAGAUUCACCAGAAACGAAUUCAGUCUCGAAUCCAAAUCCACUAUCGGUGUUGAAUUCGCUACCAGAAGUUUGAAAGUCGAUGGUAAGGUCAUCAAAGCUCAGAUUUGGGAUACCGCUGGUCAAGAAAGGUACAGAGCCAUAACUAGCGCCUACUAUCGAGGAGCGGUUGGUGCUUUACUUGUAUACGAUGUUACCCGUCAUUCAACAUUUGAAAGUGUUGAAAGGUGGUUGAGGGAAUUGAGGGAUCACACAGAUCCAAAUAUUGUUGUUAUGCUUAUAGGCAAUAAAUCAGAUCUUCGACACUUAGUUGCUGUUUCAACUGAGGAUGGAACAUCCUUUGCUGAGAAGGAAUCACUCUACUUCAUGGAAACAUCAGCUCUUGAAUCUACUAAUGUGGACAAUGCAUUUGAAGAGGUACUCACACAGAUUUAUCGUAUAGUCAGUAAGAAGGCGAUGGAAGCUGAGGAAGGAGGUGGAUCGACGAUCCCAACUGGGGAGAAGAUCGAUGUGACGAAAGAUGUGUCUGCGAUGAAGAAAGGUGGUUGUUGCUCAAGCUAGGGUUAUUUUAUUUAUGAUCUUGAUUGGUCUUAUUUGGUCAUUUAUAUAUUAUACUUUGUAUAAUUUGGUUGUUUAGAAUUAUAUGUCUUACAUAAGGAGAUAGAGAAUGGUAAUUUCUGCAUUUGAAUUUUGAAGAAUUUCGGCUAGUGUCAUUUAACCCAAUCUUUGGAUUAUUUUGCUGAUUAUGAAUUCAAUUUAAAUUGAUUUGCCUA